AUGGAAAGAUUACCCAUACGAGAAAACAGCGGUAGCCCGCGACAGCAGGGUCAAAACCAACAAGCUGGUCCUCCGCCAGUCCCUCAAGGACCUCCGCAAUUACCCCCGCAGAUGUUCACGACGGCCGCACAAUUACUUGACUUGACCGAUAAAAAACUCGUCCUUGUUCUUCGUGACGGUCGGAAAUUAAUCGGUGUUUUACGAAGUUGGGAUCAAUUCGCAAACCUUGUCUUGCAGGAUACCGUUGAGAGAAUAUAUGCCGGAAACCUUUAUGCCGAAGAGCACGUUGGCCUGUAUCUGGUCCGGGGUGAGAAUGUUUUAUUACUAGGCGAGAUUGACCUCGACAAAGAAGAUGACCUCCCCGAAACCCUAACCCAAACCUCCAUGAAGGAGGUACGAGAACUCAAAGCCAAAGAAGAGGAAGAGCGCAAAAAGAAAGAUAAAAAGAGCGUUGGAAAACUACAAACGCAUGGCUUUGAGCCGGAGCACAGUGGAGAGGUGCUUUUUUGA